CUGUGGUAGGUAGCAGUUGUUGACAGUCCCCGUCAGGUACAAUGUCACAGGGUCUCGUCGGUGGCGAUGGAAUGUUAUCUGCCCAAUCCUUUGGAGUGCAGCUGGAUCUCUCUUUACCAGUCGACAGCAGCAGAGUUAUUUCAGGCCAUUCCACCAGGCAUUGGAGAGACGUGGCCCAGACCCUCCUUACCUUGGCUGAAAGGUUGAAAAUCUAGGAUUGGAAACUUCGCCGGGCCUGAAAAGCGCCAAACUCCAAC